CGGCACGGUGCGGAUCGCUCAGAGGAGAGCAGCGAAUGGGAUAAACGGAGCGGAACGCAGAGGAACCAGAGCCCGUCCCUGAGAACCAGAAACAUCACUCACUGACUGAUGACCAGCUACCAUGUCUGGACUCUAACUUCUAGUGAGUUGCUCAUCUGAGUCUAUUAGAGAAGUUUGGACAGUUUGAAGAGGAAGGAAAGACAUCUAGUAAACUUUUGCCUCAACAGAGAGGUAGCCUCACGCGCAGCAGGUCGACAGGAUCUCUCUUCUGCUGCUCUUCACCUAAUGAAGAUAGGGAUCCCUGUGGAUAAAACCUGAGUUAGGAGAUUAAAAUGUGUGAGGAUCAGAAGUGGGGGGUCGCGGGUAAACAGGGUGAGGAGAGGACCCGCAGCGCGCAGUCCAAGCAGCCCCGCUGGAGGAACUGGAAGGAUUUGUCAGGCGUUUCAAUUUGCAUUGCAGUGUCUCUGCUGUGCCUUGGAGUUUGCAUUGUGGUUUUUGUGAGGAGCUCGGAGCUGCAGUCCAGGAUAUUAAGUCUGGAGCAGCGGGACGCGCAGCUCUCCGCCUGGGUUGGGUCUCUGGAGCAGGUGGAGCCCGUUAUCAUGGGCCGGCUGGACCGCAUCCUGGAGGAGAAGCUUGCAGCGCGACUACCGAAGACCCGGGAGGUGAGAGAGGCCCCCUACAGCUGCCUGUGCCCCCCAGGACCUCCAGGUCCUCCUGGACGGGCAGGCUUUCCGGGAGCACCGGGGGAGCCAGGUCUUUCCAUCAUUGGACCGAGAGGACCUCCUGGACAACCUGGAACAAGAGGAUUUCCAGGAUUUCCAGGUCCAAUUGGGUUGGAUGGCAAGCCUGGACAGAACGGACCGAAGGGAGACAUGGGUCAGCGUGGCGUUAAAGGACUCCAAGGGGAACCAGGACUCAAGGGGCAAAAGGGUGUAUGUGGAGACUACACACACCGGAUGUUGCCCAUCAGCGUGCGCAACAUGCCCUCAAUAAGCCCUCUAAUCCUAAAACGCCUCAAGGGCGGGCCUGGAGCGCAGGGACCCCCAGGACCUCCAGGACCCCCCGGAACUCCAGGGACACCGGGCCUUAAUGGAGCCUCUGGCCCAGCAGGUAAGCCUGGUGAGCCAGGCAAACCUGGAAAAGACCCGAGGGUCAGCUUCGCUUCACUUUUACCAGGACUGAAGGGUGAACCAGGUGUGCCAGGACAAAAGGGGGAUCGAGGGGACGCUGGCCCAGCGGGUUCUGACGGCUCAAAGGGAACAAAGGGAGACCUCGGGACAAAGGGAGGAUCAGGACUCCCGGGCGCUCCUGGGUUCAAGGGCCAGGCUGGCGUCCCUGGGUCCCCUGGCAUCCCCGGGAAGAGGGGCUACAGGGGGGACAAGGGAGAGCCAAGCAUUGCUGCCACGGGAAUUAAAGGAGAACCGGGUUCCCCAGGACUACCAGGCCAGCUGGGACCCAAGGGUGACACAGGCAACAAGGGAGACAAGGGGGAAGCAGGACCUGAAGGCUCAGUUGGACCAAGAGGUCUUCCAGGUCCAACUGGGGAGCCAGGAAAGGCUGAAAUCCACAACAAUGAAAAUGAUAUUCGCAACAUACCUCUGAUGGGCCCCCCUGGAUUACCUGGACCUUCAGGCCCCUCUGGAAACAAGGGGGAAGUUGGUCUGCCGGGUGCUCCAGGUGUGGACGGAGAUAAGGGACCCAGAGGGAAGCCUGGAGAUACUGGUCCUGCAGGCCCAGCCGGUCAUGAAGGGCCCAGAGGGGAGAGCGGUGUCAUGGGCUUCCCGGGACCCAAAGCAGACAAGGGAGACAUGGGUCUAUCUGGAUCACCUGGUUUAGAUGGCCCUACGGGUGAAAAGGGGGCCAGAGGGGCCCUUGGCCCCAUUGGAUUACCUGGCUCAAUGGGUCCUAAAGGAGAGCCUGGAGAAGGAGCCAGGUCAGAGAUGAUGUAUUGUCCUCCAGGGCCCGCCGGACCCCCAGGACCAGUGGGGCCAGCCGGAACUCAAGGAUUCUCAGGGCCUAAGGGGGAGCUAGGCAUAGGCAUCAGAGGAGAAAAGGGAGCGACGGGUCUCAAGGGCGACAAGGGGGACAGAGGCCAUCUCGGACUUCCUGGUCUAAUAGGACCAGCAGGUGUUUCAGGACCCGCAGGACCAAAGGGAGAGAGAGCUGAAAAGGGAGAUGCAGGAUUGCCAGGACCAAUCGGGCCUCAAGGCAUCCCUGGUUUAGUAGGACCACAAGGACUCAAAGGGAACCGGGGUUUCCGUGGCUUUAAAGGGGAGAAAGGUGAACCGGGCUCCCCUGGCCUGGACGGGCUGGAUGCCCCGUGCCCUGUGGGAGACGAUGGCUUACCUGUACCAGGAUGUUGGAAUAAAGGUCAACAUCCUUUCCAACUGGCUAAGAAGUAGUCCUUCCAGACACUGUCUCCAUGACGCCACAGAGAGAGAACUUGAAGACUUUUGGAGAUAUCGUUGAGUUUUUACCCAAACCUGGAGUUGGCAUUACAGCGUGUUUCCAGGGGUCCGGACACAGGGCCGGUCCCACAGAAGCUCCGGGGCAGGGGUGAGCUCACUUCAAUAGACUGGGAGGAGAGGCCGUCUUUAUUUACUGAUGAAGGCUCUGUGGACAGCGUCUCAGCCACAGGGAGACACUGUCCCUACUCAUGUGUUUCUUUACUGCAUACACUUUGAUCUAUUUAACUCCUAGUGAAGCGAGCGUGGACACUUUAGCAAACGCUAUUUGUUGUGUUUGAUGUGACGUCAAUACUGUAACUGUGAUAAAGAAUUCAGAGCAGCUCACAGAGCAGGUGGAUGUCUUUCCAAGAAAAACAAAGGGAGACCCUCAUGAUGAUUCCUUCUUCAUAUUAUCUGACUCACUGCCUUUUCAAAAAUCCCUUUUCAUGCAGCUAUGACAUUGUGUGUGAAUGAUGUGGCUGUAUAGGAAGCACUUUGAAACCAGCAUCACACAUCGUGCUUGGCACAUAGAUGAUAAUCCUUUCUUUUUUGUAUCUAUUGAGGUGUUUCCAUGAUUUAAUGCUGUAAAAGUAUUGUACAACAUAAGACGAAGGAUUGUAUGUAUAAAGGUACUCUUUGUAAAUAGAUUGCAUUGAUGAAACGCAUUCAUGAUUUUCCGUACAAAAUGAGCAUCAACAUUUUAAAAGGGUAGUUUUCUUAUGCUGAAUAUGUACAGAUGAUUGUGACAAAAAAGGAACUAUUCUCACAUUUGCAUGCUCCACAAAUCCGGUUUCCUUGCAAAAAAUAAUAUUGCAUGCAUAUACAGUGUUAUUAAUUUAUCAAAUUAGUUAUUAACAUCAUUUUUUGGUUUGUCACUGAAAAUAAAUGGGAAUUAAUUAAAAUAUAAAACAAAAAAACACAAUUAUCAGAAUAUUUGAACAGCUGUUACUGUACAUAAUAAUGCAAAUAUCUAAAAAUGCCCUUUGUCAGUGUGUCACACUUUGCAGUUUCAUUGAAAAUUAAAUGUACAGAAGCAUUCCUUAUGUCAUAUUGACAGCUGACUUGUAAACAGACCUGGGUCAAAAUGGUGAUUUUCAAUACCUGUUGUUUUUCCAGUUUUUGAAA